AUUGCAUAAGUAAGAGAACUAAAAGUUGGGAAACUACUUUCAGAUAAAUGGUUCUUGUCCAUAUAUAGACUAGCUCCCGAGCCCCGGGAUGUUCCAUCAAAAAAGUUUAGGAGCCGCGAAAGUGUUGGAGCAUGAAUCGAUUGUCGACAUUCGUCAAUUGAUUCAGCAAAUAUGAGGGCGCAUAGAGCUGUCCGAGCUGCGGCUGUGGCAGAAUCUUCAUUUGCCACUCUGAGGAGUUAUUCAUCCAGACCGAAAUUUCUCUGCUUAAAUGCUUCAAGUAGAAGUCUCGGUGCAGGAUCAACAGUUGGAAAGGGAUUUGGUCAGAGACUAUUUUCCGAAUCGAGAAUUGCUCGAGCUGGUGCGGCAGAAGCAGUGUAAGGUCCCCGCGAGACGUGCGACGAGAUGCAGGCAUGUCCAAAGAAGAUGCGGUAGUCAUGGCAAUACCUCAGCCAAUUGUCCAAACAGGAAUAAUGGUACUGACAUAGAAUAGGUUGAAGCAAGCCGCUGCCGACCCGUCAGCUCUUACCCAAGAGACUAUUAUCGAUAAUUUAGAUCAAGUGGAAAGAGGGAGGCUCGCGAGAAUCAGGAAUAUUGGAAUUGCAGCGCAUAUUGACAGUGGUAAAACAACUGCUACUGAGCGAGUACUCUUUUACACUGGUCGAAUCAACGCUAUCCAUGAAGUUCGAGGAAAAGAUGCCGUGGGGGCAAAGAUGGACUCCAUGGACCUUGAAAGGGAGAAGGGAAUCACGAUUCAAUCUGCCGCGACCUUCUGCGACUGGCUGAAAGUUGAGAAUGGAAAGGAGGAGAAAUAUCACAUCAACUUGAUCGACACCCCUGGACAUAUUGAUUUCACAAUUGAGGUAGAGCGAGCAUUGCGAGUUCUAGAUGGUGCAGUCAUGAUUCUCUGCGCUGUGAGUGGAGUCCAGAGUCAAACGAUCACGGUUGACAGACAAAUGCGACGUUACAAUGUUCCUCGAGUCAGUUUUAUCAACAAGAUGGACAGAAUGGGUGCCAAUCCCUUCAAAGCUGUGGAACAGAUCAAUCAAAAACUUCGUAUCCCAGCUGCGGCAUUACAGGUCCCUAUUGGUGGCGAGGAUACUUUCGAGGGUGUGGUCGAUCUAAUCAGAAUGAAGGCCAUUUAUAACGACGGACCCAAGGGAGAAAUCAUCCGAGAGAGCGACGACAUUCCUGAAAGCGUCCAAGCACUAGCAAAGGAGAAGCGACUAGUACUUAUCGAAACUCUGGCCGAUGUCGAUGACGAGAUUGCGGAAAUAUUCUUGGACGAGAAGACCCCAACUCAGGAACAACUGAAAGCCGCAAUUCGAAGAGCCACAAUUGCACUGAAGUUUACUCCAGUGCUCAUGGGAAGUGCAUUGGCCGAUAAAUCUGUCCAGCCGAUGCUCGAUGCAGUCUGUGACUACUUGCCAAAUCCAGCUGAAGUCGAAAAUUUGGCGCUGGAUAAGCGGAGAAAGGAAGCUUCCGUCAAGCUGGUGUCCUAUAACUCAUUACCUUUUGUUGGCCUUGCUUUCAAACUCGAAGAAAGCAACUUUGGACAAUUGACAUAUAUUCGAGUGUACCAAGGUACCCUGAAGAAAGGCAUGAACGUCUUCAACGCCAGAACGGACAAGCGAGUCAAGGUCCCCAGAAUCGUCCGUAUGCACUCUAACGACAUGGAAGAAGUCCCAGAAAUUGGUGCUGGAGAAAUCUGCGCCGUGUUUGGUGUUGAAUGUGCCUCCGGUGAUACCUUCACUGAUGGCGCGCUUCCAUAUUCCAUGACCUCUAUGUUCGUCCCGGACCCUGUCAUUUCUCUGUCCAUCAAGCCAAAGACCACGAAGGAUACCAGCAAUUUCAGUAAGGCCAUGAGUCGAUUCCAGCGCGAAGAUCCCACCUUCAGAGUUCACGUUGAUGCGGAAAGUCAAGAAACUAUUAUCUCAGGGAUGGGAGAAUUGCAUCUUGAUAUUUACAUCGAGCGUAUGCGCCGAGAGUACAAGGUCGAAGUUGAAACUGGAAAGCCUCAAGUCGCCUACCGAGAAACGAUCACUGAAUCCGUCAAGUUCGACCACACCUUGAAGAAACAAACUGGAGGUGCCGGAGAUUUCGCACGCGUUGUUGGAUAUAUGGAGCCAAUCGAAAUUGGCGAAAAUGGUUACAUGCCAUCGAAAUUUCGGGAAGAAGUUGUUGGUGGUUCCAUUUCCGAGAAAUUCUUAUUCGCAUGCGAAAAAGGGUUCAAUGCUUCUUGUGAAAAGGGACCUCUCAUUGGACACCCAGUCUUGGGGACCUCGAUGGUCGUCAACGAUGGUGCUACCCAUAUGACCGAUUCCUCGGAAAUGGCAUUUAAAAACGCUACGCAACAGGCUUUCCGCAAGGCUUUCAAGGCAGCCAAGCCGCAAGUCCUCGAACCUCUCAUGAAGACCACAAUCACAGCACCCAACGAGUUCCAAGGAAACAUUGUUGGAUUGUUGAACAAGCGAAAUGCCAUCAUCAACGAUACGGAGAUCGGUCCCGAGGAUUUCACUUUGUUGGCAGAUUGUAGUUUGAAUGCCAUGUUUGGCUUCAGCUCCCAGCUGAGAGCUGCCACUCAAGGCAAGGGAGAGUUCGGAAUGGAGUUCAGUCACUACGCCCCAGCACCUGGUCAAUUACAAAAAGAGUUGAUUGCUGCCCAUGACAAGGCGCAAGCCGAUAGGCACAAGAAAUAGACUAAUGAUUUUCUUUCGCUUUUGUGUUAUAGAGCUUAUCACUUGUAUUUUGGCUAGGAGAUGCAAGAGCUGCAUAGAGUGUAUAUUUGUAUUGCAUGGCAUGGUCGGGAUGGAAAAUCGGAGUCCAUGUAGCAUAUGUAUGAUUGUAGAAUACAAGAGAAGGAUCUCAACUCGGGUUCUUCUAGGUUGCCUUUCCGAUAUUCGGCGAAAAAGUCAGGUGUAGUUCACCAGAUUUGAAUCUCAUUCCUGCAGUGUUUGUUUCAAUUCAUCGUCU